AUGAUUAGUUCAAAAGAAUUAGUUGACAAUUUGAUUGUGGGCAGCAUAACAAGCUUUUCGCCCCAAACAAUGCGAUUACUGGAUUUGAUUGAGAAUAACCAACAAGUGCCUUUAAAUGAUGUAGCACUCAAUGAUCCAGACCAGCUAUCAGUAGCAAUUUUUAAUUAUCCAAUUAUUAAAGACGAUUUAUAUAAAGAGUUUAGUGAAGCAGCAAAGAGAAUAUCGUCGGCAAAAUAUGCAUAUUACAAGAAGUCUGCAGCAUUUAAAGACAAUUUUACCAAAUUGUGUACCGAAACAUUUAAUAAACAUCAUCAAUCUGAUGUUCAAUUAAGUCAUUUGGAGCAAAUUCAAAAGGUCAGAAGUGCCAUAAGAGUUAUCAAAUUUAUUGGUGAAUUAUAUGUGGCUGAUUUCUUCAUUAACUGUAAUAUUGCACAUUUUCUGGAAGUGUUAUCAAAAAAUAUUGUGGAAUCAAAAGUGUCGCAAGACUGUCUUGAAUGUCUAAUAUCAAUCAUAUCAAAUCGUGUGAAAAAUGAAGUUAAACUAUAUAAACACAAUAUUCAUACAGCAGCGAUAAUAAAUUUUAUUACGGACUACGAGAAUGAAACAUCGAAAAUUAAAAGAAACUAUAAAGACCUUGAAAUAAUUGAAGCUGUUAAUAAAACAAUCAAAAAUAAAUCAUUGAAAGGCUCAAAUAAUCGUUAUACUAAGGACACAUCCCGUAGUGAAACUGUUCGUCAAACAAAGAAAAUUUUCGAAACAAUUUUAUCCGGCAACAUGAAUUUAUUGUAUUGUGUCGAGACUGCAUAUGAUGUAAGCAUUAUAUUUCCUGAUUCUUUUGAAAAUGAGAUGCUUCAAUUGUGUUUUGACUAUAUUAAAAAGUCAUUUGAAGCACCUGAUGAGAAUUUAAAAGCCAAAUGUAUGGAAAUUGUGAGAUUUAUUGGAAUGUUAUACAGCAAUGAAGCCUUAACAAACGACGGCGUUAAAGGAACAAUAAAUUUUUUAUACAAAUUCGAUUCAAUCUUUUCGGAACCAUUAACAAAUGUCAUUUUUGCUGAGAUUUAUGAUAAAGUUAUGGACAUCGAUGACGUGUUAUUGAAGCAAGUAAUUCCGGAAAAUUUUGUAAAAAUAUCAAAUGGAUCAGCGAGUGAGAAAGAACUUGAAAUUACUGAUGUUGAGAAUGAGAAAGAAGAAGUUGAAGUUCCAAUGAUAAGAAAGCAAUCAACACCAGACAUAAUAAUGCCGAAAAAUCAUUCGAUUUGUGAAAGCACUAAUGUCAUUGAUCCGAUUGAGAAAUUCAAAGAAUUAUUAAUAAAAUUAUCACCAACGAAUGUAGCGUACAUCUUGAGAGAAACAUCAGGAGUGAAAUUUUCAAUUGGCGAGGAUAUGAUUAAGGAAUUGGCAACACAUCUUAUUGAGCAUGCUGUAAACAAGCCGAUAUUAAUUAAAUCGAUCACUCAGGUUGCUGUAAAGUUGCCUGACACAAUUGUUCCACAUUUUAAUACAUGCUUAAUGAAGAAACAUUUACGUGCCUUGAUUUCAUCAAAAAUCACUGGAUGUUCCGAACGAGAAUCUGUUGUUUAUGGACAACUCAUUAAAGAGCUUCAUUCCGCCAAUUAUUACGACAGAUUUGAUAUAAUUAUUUUAUUGGACAAUUUUACUGAAAAUUUUAAUCACGAUCGAACAGCAUUGACCUCACUUUUACAAUUCAUUGAUGAGUUCAAGGACAUCUUGAUCGGGAAGAAAUUGUCAAAAAAUAUGAAACAAAAGCUGAUUAACAUUUCUUCCAAGCUAUCGAUCAAAAUGAGUGAAGAGAGUGACGAGGAACUAAUGGAAACAAUUUCAAAUGCUAUAAAAACACUCAAUUCCGAGACACGUCCGCAAAGUGAAAGUUCAUCAAGUUCUAAAAAGGAAAUUAACAACAAUUACAAAAUUAAUGGUGAUAUGCCUUAUUAUAGAUCAGAAAGUAACAGCCAAAGUGAGAAUUCAUCGCCAUCACCAAUUCAAUUGCCUCCAAUGCAUUUACCCCCACCAAAAAUGUUCAUUCCACCCCCAAACUUUGUUUUUGUGGCUUCUAAAAGUGCAUUUGAAAUCAUGGAGAACAGAAAUAGCUGGCCAAGUUUAGAAACGAAAGAAAAGCAUCAGAUGAGCUUCAAAACUGUUGUUGAUACGAAAAGUGAUGACGAUUUCAGCAUUCGGCAAUCCGGUUCUACAAGCUCGGUGUCGAUCAGCUUGCAAGAGAUCGAAAUGGAAUCAGAUGAGUUUUAUGACACAGCAUCAAAUGCAGAAAGCUUCGCAUAUGAACUAAAGAAUGACAUUGAAAGUGAAAGUGCAUAUUCAAGCUUAAUUGAUGCACGGUUCAGUAAGGAAGACAUUUUCAAAAAUAUUAUUCGGUGCCAAUUUUCAUACAAUAAUGAAGCAAUUGAGAGUUUCGCGACAUUAUUCAUUAAACGUGGAAUGAAGAGUAAAAAUAGCGGAUAUAUGGACAUAAUUGAGGAGAUUCGGGAAAGCUUGACAGAAAAUGAAGAACUUUUUGCAAAAUUCACUUUAAUUCUAGAACAAAAAUUCAUCGAAUUUAUUCAAAACUUACCAAAAGCUGACGUGGACGUGACGAAAUCUGACAAACGGAAGCAUUUACAGUUGAUAUUAUUAAUUGGUGAAUAUUACAAUAUGGGAUUUAUGAAAAAUCAGACAUUUAUAGCAUGUCUUGAGAAACUUUUAAAUGACAUUGGAACCGAUCAUCAAAUUACACUUUUUCAUCAAUUAAUUAAAAUAUCCUUUGAUAAAAUUAUUCAAAAUGGCAUCACGAAUGUGAUUAAGACCUUUAUGGACAUGCUGGCUAAAAAACUUCCAACAAUUGUCGAUGCAAACGAUCGAAACUUAGCAGCAUGGGAACUUUAUGUAACAAUGAAAAUUUUAAUUUAUCGUCAACAAAAGGCACAGAUGCAAUGUCCAGUGACUUACUUUAAACUGUUUAUAUCAAAUUUAAAUGAAGAGUCGAUUGUGAUGAAGCUGGAGGAACUAAAAUAUCGUUAUUGCUAUAAAAAAGAACAAAUUGCUGAAAUUGUUGAAUUUUUUCUAUUGACUGCCAUUUCAAGCUUCCAAACAGCCAUCUAUGUCAAGUUAGCUAACGAACUACAUGCAAUUAAGUCAGCGACUGACGAUAGCUAUACAUUUCAGAAGCAUAUGGAAUUUAAGUUACAUGACGUAAUCAAAAAUAUCCUUAAUGACAUCGAGAAUGAAACGAAAAUGAUUAAAUUAUUUAAUAUGACGUCAUUUGUCGGCGACUUGUUUGUUGGCAAUGUCGCAUCAAUUUAUCUUGUUUUAUGUAUUUUGGAGAUGUUGUUGGAGAAGGAAGUUGAAAGUAAAAAGAUUGUGGACUGUAUUAAAAUUUUACUACAAAAAGUUGGAUAUAAAAUUGACCUGGACAGUGUCUUGAUCCUCGACAAGUUCUUUCUGUUCUUUAAGGAAGUCAUUAAGUGCGAUAAAGGAUAUCGUCGGGUUGUUUUUAAAGAAUUGAUUGAUCUGCGAAUGAAUAAAUGGAAUCGAAUGGAAAACGAAAGAAAUUUGGAAGUUAUUGAAGAGCUUUUUGGGAAAUUGACGCACGCAAACUUCAUACAAGUUUCAUUCUUUAUUUGCGGGAUACUGUCUAAAAAUUUUGAGCUUAUUGAAUUGUUUGUAAAAUUAAUUUGGAAACUUAUUUUAAAUAAUCCGGAAUCGGUGCUGUUAUAUGCUAAAUUGUCGAGUGCAAUUUCGAAUUAUAAUGAGGCAUUUCGGAGUAAUUUGAUGUUAUUUAUGAAGCACAGAAAUGAAACUUUUAAAACUAUUUGUUGUGAGCCGAUCGUACCAGGUGAAGCGAAAUUAAAGCUAUCGUCUGUUAUGAUGUUUAUGUCGUACCUUUAUGCAUUUGAUUUUUGUGAGGAUGAUGAUAUUGGACUAUGGAUACAUCCGUCGUUUACCAAGCAAUUGACGAUGGGACAGUGCAAUGAGAUUAGUCAUAUUUUAGGGACGAAAAUUAACGAAUCGAAGAAUAAUGAGUUGUUGAGAGCUUUUGUGGCACUGAUGGAGUUCCAUUCGCGUGAGAAUUUAUUUGCUGUCAUCAAGAGUGUCAAGAAUGAGCUUUCGGAUUUGCCUAAAUCCAUUUCCUUUUUUUCCAAGUCAAACUCAAGAAAAUUGUAA